CUAUUGUUAUCAAUCAAUUAAUUGCCAAUUUUCCUAGCAACUUGCUACGCACACAGACCAUGAUUUUUUAUAAGAACUUGAGGCGAAAUCACCCAAGACUAAGACUAAAAACACAAGUCCUUAAUUAGCUCGAGAUCUCUCUUUUUGUGUUUGUGUGAUCAUGGCACAACCAAGCUAUGCACCACUAGCCAACCCUAUAUCGAUCAUAGGCCCUCAGUUUUGCGUUCCUAACCCUGUUGAUCUUGCAAUUGUUAGAAAAAUGUUGGCCAUAACCGAUGGUAACUUCGUCGUUACAGAUCUUAAUGACAACUUAAUGUUCAAACUAAAAGAAAAAAUAAUGGCCAUUCACGACCGUCUUGUCCUACUUGAUGCUGCUGGAAAACCUAUUGUCACUCUGCAAGAGAAGAUAUGGACUGCACACAGCAGAUGGCAAGUUUUUAGGGGAGAUAGCAAAGACCCUGCAGAUCUGCUCUUUAGUGCUAAGACAUCUUCAAUCAUUCAACUUAAAACGAAAUUAAAUGUAUACUUAGCUAAUAACACAGCAGAGGAGGUAUGUGAUUUCAAGGUUGAGGGCAGUUGGUUUGAGAGAUCUUGUGUUAUUUACGCUGGAGAAUCUACCAAUAUUAUCGCCCAAAUGCACAAGAAACACACAGUUGAGAGUGUCUUGCUUGGAAAGGACAAGUUUAUGGUGACUGUGUAUCCUAACGUGGAUUAUGCCUUCAUAGUUGCUCUUAUCGUGAUCCUUGAUGAUAUCAACAAAGCGGGUGAGAGUUGAUUUUUAAUAAGUCAUCACCCACUAGGGUUUCUAGCUCUACUGUAUUCUCAUAUAUAUAUAUAUAUAUAUAUAUAUAUAUAUAUAUAGUUUGUAAUUCCCUAAAAUUCCCAUCUAGAAGAUCAUAAUGGGAAUGCUUUGUAUGAUUGCGUAAAUAAAAAUACAUGCAUACCGUGUUGUAUUCCAUUUUUA